AUGUCGGACAGGGUAGCUCCCAAUCUUAUACCUCCGCGCACAAGUUCUACAGGUGUCACCAAGCCCACGGCUGAGGAAGAGUGGUUUGCUUCGUCUGCUAGAAGAUCUUGUCCUGGAUCUAUCGGAUAUCAGCGCGGAAAACCGUUCUCUACUCGGCGAGGAAAGCCUUCUGAAGCCAUGUGGACAGCAGGAAAAGAGAAUAUCGUGCUGGGGCCGUACAGCUAUACGGUUAACCAGCCCGGUAAGGAUAUCCGGGGACAGCUGAUCGCAGCGUACAAUCGAUGGCUGCAGGUCCCAGAGGAAAGCCUUGCGUCAGCAGUCGGGAAACUGGAGCAGAACGAGGCAACACUUUUUGCUAACAUAUUACCUCCCAGUAUUGAUGAUGUUGAGGACUCUUCCCAUCUUCGCAGGGGAGCGCCAGUCGCACACAACAUCUUUGGCAUUCCACAAACUAUCAACUCUGCCAACUAUGUGUAUUUUCAAGCCCUAGACGAGAUUCAGAAGCUGAAAAGCCCUGAAGCUAUCAAUAUCUUCGUCAAGGAGCUUAUGAACCUGCACCGUGGUCAAGGCAUGGAUCUCUACUGGAGAGACACCUUGACCUGCCCCACUGAAGAAGACUACCUAGAAAUGGUCGGCAACAAGACCGGCGGCCUAUUCAGACUGGCUAUAAAGCUUAUGCAAGCGGAGAGCAGUGUCCCUAUAGAUUGCGUCCCUCUCGUUGACUUGAUGGGGCUGAUGUUUCAGGUCUGCGAUGACUAUCUCAACCUUUCCAACCCAACUUACAGUAAAAACAAAGGCCUAUGCGAAGACUUGACGGAAGGAAAGUUUUCUUUCCCUGUCAUUCACAGCAUUCGAGCCCAACCCGAAAAUCGCCAACUUAUCAAUAUCCUCAAGCAAAAGACCAACGACAACGAGGUCAAGAAGUAUGCUGUCAAGUACAUGGAGAGCACCGGGAGUUUCGAGUAUACCCGCAAAGUCGCAAUCGAACUACGUGACAAAGCUUUUCUCCUGAUCGAGGAGCUAGAACGUACCUUUUCACUGAUACCCAGCCAAAGCGAAGCAAACGGAGAGGCUGGAAGUGGCAAUUUGGUGCGUGCUAUUCUCAAUCGAAUCAUUGACCCCGUCCUGAUGGACUGUGGGGAUAAACGAACAUCUUCUGAAAACUAA